GGCCGGGCAUCUCCUGAGGAGUCACAGGGCAUCCUCAACCAGUUUGAGCUUCGCUUACUCAACAUGUUCGGUUUGAAGAGGCGUCCAACCCCUGGCAAAAAUGUGGUAAUCCCUCACUACAUGCUGGAAUUGUACCAUCUGCAUUCGGCCCAGCUGGCUGACAACCAAGACAAGCCCCCCAUGGAUUAUCAGAAGGAGCGUGCAGCCAGCCAAGCAAAUACAGUGAGGAGCUUCCACCAUGAAGAUUCUCUAGAAGAUCUUCCAGAAUCUGGAGAAAAGACUGUUCAGCGUUUCUUCUUUAAUUUGACUUCCAUUCCUAAUGAAGAGCUCAUUACAUCUGCUGAACUUCGGAUCUUUCGAGAGGAAGUUCAAGAGUCCUUUGAAAAGAACAGCAGCAAAGCCCUCCGUAUUAAUAUUUAUGAUAUUAUCAAACCAGUUGCUGCUUCCUCUAGGGGACCUGUCACAAGACUGUUGGACACCCGACUGAUACAUCAUAAUGUGAGCAGAUGGGAAAGCUUUGAUGUCACCCCAGCUAUUAUAAGGUGGAUUGCACACAGACAGCCUAACCAUGGGUUUGUUGUUGAAGUAACUCAGUUAGACUAUGAGAAAAAUGUCCCUAAGAGACAUGUGAGAAUAAGCAGAUCUUUAUUGCCCGAUAAAAAGCAUUGGUCCCAAAUAAGGCCCCUUUUAGUAACUUAUGGCCAUGAUGGCAAAGGACACCCUCUACAUAAAAGAGAAAAACGGCAAGCAAGGCAGAGGCAGAGGAAACGGCUUAAAUCAAGUUGUAGAAGACAUCCAUUAUAUGUAGACUUCAGUGAUGUUGGCUGGAAUGAUUGGAUUGUUGCGCCACCUGGGUACCAUGCCUUCUACUGCCAUGGAGAAUGCCCAUUUCCCUUGGCAGAUCAUUUCAACUCUACAAAUCAUGCCAUUGUACAAACAUUGGUGAACUCUGUUAAUUCCAACAUCCCUAAAGCUUGUUGUGUCCCGACAGAACUGAGCGCCAUCUCUAUGCUCUACCUUGAUGAAAAUGAAAAAGUUGUGCUGAAAAAUUACCAAGACAUGGUUGUGGAAGGGUGUGGGUGCCGUUAACGAAGUAUAACUUACAAGAAAACAACACAAACACACACAAAGUUGACACUUUAAUAUUUCCCAAUAGAGACUUUAUUUAUGCAAUGAAAAGCUAAAAACCGUUAUUUUGAAUAUAUAUUUAUGUGUACGAGAAAGUUGGGAAGCAAAUAUUUUAAUCUAAGAAAUAUUAUUUCCCCUCCCCCCUUUUUUUUUUUUUUUUUUUAAGUUGUACAUUUUAUACGGGUUUUGUACCCAGCACAUGAAGUAUAAAGGUCAGAUUCUUAUUUUGUAUUUAUUUUCCAUUAUAACCACUUUUUAGAAAAAAAAUAGCUGUUUUUUUGUAUUUAUAUGUAUUCAAAAGAAAUAUAGGGUUUGUAAAUAUGUUUGAAAAAAAAAAUUGUUGUAUUUAAGUUGAAAGGUAUACAUGGGAGGUAAAAGAUAAGCAAAAUUAUUUUACUUUCUUAUAUGCUACUGUUAAGGUCAUUAGUUUAAACCCAGAAGAAGGAGGUUAAUCUCAAGAAUUACCAGGACGGAUAAUAGUAUUGUGCAAUUCUCAGGCAUUCUGCAAUCACAAAUUCUUUAAAAAAAAAAAAAAAAAAAAAUCCUAAAAAUGGCCUCUCACCUCAUUUUUUUUUUUUCAGUAGACUUGAACAAUAAAAGUAUUAUUCAGUAAAAUGCAAAAACGGUCAUGAUCCGACCAAGUGUUUAACACAUGUACUAUAUAUUAAGACCUGUUGGUACAGGAUGUUUUCUCUUACGAUGGAUAUUUUUUACAAAUUAAGACUUUAAAUUAUUUAUUUAAUGCUAUUCCCUUAUGUUGUUCCUAAGUAAAAGAAUUGUAUUUCCCAUAUUCUACUGGUUCUUUUUGUUAAGAGCUGCUAUAUGUACAAUCUCUAGGUGGGUUCUAUAUGAAUUAGCAUUUAUGAUGCAACCUUCAAUUUAAUUAAAAAAGUUUCCCGUUUCAUGACACAGCUUUAGCUAACUCCUUUGAAAAACCUCGGUAUAUAAGAGUCUGUCCUCAAAACAUUAUUUUCUUAAGAUCAAUGGGGGUUUUAAAUUUCUAGAAUCUGAAUGUCCAGCGAUAUCCAUGAAUUGAGCCAUUUGAACCCCAGUUCAGAAAAUGUCACGAUGAGUUAGCCAUGUUGAAUUAUGACCUUAUUUUCAAGUUGUGUAUAAGAUGGCUUCUGGUUUCUGUUUUAACAGAUAAGUGUUUAUGGACAGAACACUCUACAGUACUUCCCUAGUUUUCUCGGUCACGUAGAUGCAUAUAAUUGUGAAUUCUACAAUUUCCAUAUAGCUAUGCUUUUUCACAGUCUGUCCUCUGCACCAUAGUAUAUUUGGAAAUAUAUUUUGCAAAAAACGGACACCAAGUGUUGAAAGAAAUUGACACACAAAAAAAAAUCACUUUUUGAAAUUCCAAAGACAUAAAAAAAGAAUUUUUUUUUAGUUAUUGGCGGUUGAUGGCGACUGCCGAUGCUACUAUUGGGUAUAUUGAAGAACAUUUUGUUCACUGAUGGUUAUUAAAGAUGGGUCUAGUUCAAUAUGCAUCAUAAAGAAUCAUUUCAUACCAGAAUAUAUUUUGCCCAUUUGUACCAGUUUCCUCUAUUCCAAGGCCUAAUACAUAUCCUAUAGUCUAGCUAAUCUAAUAUCAUGAGCUAAAGGUCACUGAAUAUAGAUUUAUUAUCCUUCUCCAGACACCACUCUUAUUUUUUUUUUGAAUUUUUUUUUUUUUCUGACAGUGUAAAUCCUGGGAUUGUGUCUCACAAAAAAAUUCUUGAAGUGUCAAAUGCAUUUUGGUUAAUAAAUGAUGAA